AUGUCAAUGUCCGUUGAUGAGAUCAGUAAUGUUGUACUUCUAUUCAGCAAUCCCGUAUGGACCGGUGUCGGCACCAUCCCCAGCACCAUCAUCCGCAAUAUCACGGCGCUGUCGUUGGGAUAUUCGUCCCACAUCACUGAGAACGUGACCGUCUUGUCGUCAAACUAUGCGUCAACCACGGACGGCGUCAUUCAGGGACUGCUGUAUGUCCCCGAUAUCAAGGAUGAUGACCCGUGCCGAGCAGCUCUAGACGCUUUCCUGCCGAAGAAAGUCGUUCGACACGCUGACCUACCCCCGGCAAACUACAACAUAAUCGCCAUUGCCCCCUGGAUCAAUGCAACCUGCACCCAGUCCUAUCUUGCGUCUGCUCGCCUAGACCCUCUACGCGCAUUUAUCUUCUACAGGCCGUCUAACGUGUCAUCCGAUCCGCCCCCUGCCGAUUCCCCGGAAUGGGAUCUCGGCGACCGCGGCCGUUGGAAAACCCAGAAUCGCUUCCCAAUACUGGCCGUCUCCGGCCUUGCGGGCCAAGAGCUGAUGCACCAGGCUGGUCUCUAUUCGGGGAACCUAAGUGAUGUUCCAUACGCGAGAAAUAUCACCUCGGUAUACGAAGCAGACCCUAGCGAUUACGUUCGAAUUUGGACGCAGAUCUACGUAUCCACAUCAUCUAAUGCUCCCAGCAUAUGGGUACUCGUCCUCGUCAUUCUCGGUGUCCUGGUGGGCGUAAUCGGCUCGACAUCCCUACUCAUGCAUUUCCUCCAGAGCAGGAGGCGGGCAUCUCUCCGUCGCCGUGUCCAGAGCGGGGACGUCAACCUUGAGGGCAUGGGUAUUAAAAGGCUGACUGUUCCAAUUGCCCAUGUCCAGACGUUUCCCCUGUUUACUUACAACUAUGAACCCAAAGCUAAUAGUGCGCCGACAUCUCCCACCUCGUCAAAACACCCUCAAAACGCUAGGAAAAAGGGGAGUCGUGGCCGACCCAGCAGCAUCGCUACCACCACCCUUCCCAUCUCAGAGAAAGGACUCGAUAGCCCGUUUGCUCUCUCGACAACCGCGACCGACUACCAGCCCAUGUGCGCCAUCUGCCUAGAGGCCUACCAGAAUCGAGUGACGGUCAUCCGUGAACUGCCGUGUGGCCACAUCUUCCAUCCAGACUGCAUAGACGAGUUCCUUGCCGAGAACAGCUCUCUGUGUCCAGUAUGCAAGGCUUGCAUACUUCCAAAGGGGUAUUGCCCCAAAAUAACGAAUGCCAUGGUGCGACGUGAACGUGCGAUACGGCGACUGCGAGACAGGAUCGAAGUCGACGACGACGUUGAGGCUGACGGUACCGGUGGGAGAUUCCACAAUUGGGGAGGCGAGAUCAAGAAACGACUCUCGCUCUUCAAGCCGAGUGGCCCGGGCCCGUCAUCAAACCCAACCGAACCCGAACCCCAACCCCAACCACGGAGACGAUCAACCGCACCCGAAGUUACCUCAGUCCACCACCAGGAAUGUAACAGCAGUUCUUCGAACAGCCGGGCAGACCUGACGAGAAAACGCAUGCGACAGCUCGCGGGGUCCGAGCCAGAUGAUGAAGAUGCUCGACUUACUAGAUGGCAGAGGAUAAGGCAUAGGGUGUUCCCUGGAUUCUGA